AUGACCGGUAUGAAUAGUGCGCAUCGGAGUCGAACUAGCGUUGCGAGUAUGUCAAGUUUUAUGGGAGGUGCAUCGGGUAAACUUCGGAAAGGACGCAGUUUGGAGGACAUAGCAAUUGAUUCGGAUAAAGUGAAGAAGUUCGCUGAUAGCAGUGAUGAUACGGAAGAGGAAGAUAAGAAAUCCGAUAAGAAACGAAGUGUCACAUCGAGUCGUCGAAGCAGUAAAGUCCAUUUUUUUUUUUGA